AUUAACACUUAAGGUGUAAAGCACGACAUCGAAUAUAUAAACGGUUGUUGAGUUCAUUAUGAUAUACAGUGAAAGAGUACCUUCAAGUCUCUACAACAAUUCUCAGUCUACAGCAAAGUAGUCUACAGUCUUCUUUUUUGAAAGAGAAACUCGAGAUCUUUCAGUGUCGAAAAUGAGCCAACAAACGGUUGUGAUGCCAUGCCCACCACCCAAGAAGCAAGUCAGCUGUCCUAAACCAGCUUGCCAGGAACCACAAAAGCCAGUCUGCUGUCCAGAGCCACCAAAGCAAGAAUGCUGCCCAGAACCACCAAAGCCAGUGUGCCAGGCACCACAAAAGCCAGUCUGUUGCCCUGAGCCACCAAAGCCAGUGUGCCAGGCACCACAAAAGCCAGUCUGUUGCCCUGAGCCACCAAAGCCAGUGUGCCAGGCACCACAAAAGCCAGUCUGUUGCCCUGAGCCACCAAAGCCAGUGUGCCAGGCACCACAAAAGCCAGUCUGCUGUCCAGAGCCACCAAAGCCAGUGUGCCAGGCACCACAAAAGCCAGUCUGCUGCCCUGAGCCACCAAAGCAACAAGUUUGCAGCCCACAGCCACCAAAAAAGGUCAGCUGUCCAGAACCACAAAAGCAAGCACCUUCUUGCCAAGCACCAAAGAUGUAAAUUCAUGAUCAUAAGAAAAACUAAUAUCCAGAGUUCGAUAAAUGCUGUCCUAUAAAAUUUCAGGACACUUCUCAAAAUGAGGAUAUAACAAAUGUGACUAAAAUCUAAAAACUGCAAGACAACAGAAACAACUUUCAUUUAAUCGGGAAUUUAAAAAAAUAUCAAUUAAAAAAUUUGAACUUCUAUAAAAUAUAAUACAACUGUUCUCUUAAUAUUUCUGCAAAAUGGAAUCUUAACAGAAUUACUGUAACAAUUUAGAAAAAAUAAAAGAAUUCUGUAUGUCUUGUGCAA